GCGCGGAGAAGGGAGCCCGCGCCCGGCGCCCCGCGCCCCGACCCUGCCACGCUCGCCCGGGCCGCCCGGAGCCCCGAUGAGCCCAGAUGGCUGGGGCUCAGCCUGGAGUGCACGCCUUGCAACUCAAGCCCGUGUGCGUGUCCGACAGCCUCAAGAAAGGCACCAAAUUCGUCAAGUGGGAUGAUGACUCCACUAUUGUUACUCCAAUUAUUUUGAGGACUGACCCUCAGGGAUUUUUCUUUUACUGGACAGAUCAAAAUAAGGAGACGGAGCUGUUAGACCUCAGCCUUGUCAAGGAUGCCAGGUGUGGGAAGCAUGCCAAGGCUCCCAAGGACCCCAAAUUACGUGAGCUCCUGGAUGUGGGGAACAUCGGGCGCCUGGAGCAUCGCAUGAUAACGGUGGUGUAUGGGCCUGACCUAGUUAACAUCUCCCAUCUGAAUCUCGUGGCUUUCCAAGAAGAAGUGGCCAAGGAAUGGACAAAAGAGGUUUUCAGUUUGGCAACAAACCUCUUGGCCCAGAACAUGUCCAGAGACGCCUUUCUGGAAAAAGCCUACACUAAACUUAAACUGCAAGUCACUCCAGAAGGACGCAUUCCUCUGAAAAACAUCUAUCGCUUGUUCUCAGCAGACCGAAAGCGAGUUGAAACUGCGUUAGAGGGUUGUAGUCUUCCAUCUUCACGGAAUGAUUCGAUACCUCAAGAAGACUUCACUCCAGAUGUGUACAGAGUUUUCCUGAACAAUCUUUGCCCUCGACCUGAGAUUGAUAACAUCUUUUCCGAAUUUGGUGCCAAAAGCAAACCAUAUCUCACUGUUGAUCAGAUGAUGGAUUUUAUCAACCUUAAGCAGCGGGACCCUCGGCUAAAUGAAAUCCUCUACCCACCUCUGAAACAAGAGCAAGUCCAAGUAUUGAUUGAAAAGUAUGAACCCAACAGUAGCCUUGCCAAAAAAGGACAGAUAUCAGUAGAUGGGUUUAUGCGCUACCUGAGUGGAGAAGAAAAUGGAGUUGUUUCACCUGAGAAACUGGAUUUGAAUGAAGACAUGUCUCAGCCCCUAUCUCACUACUUCAUUAACUCCUCACACAACACCUACCUCACAGCUGGCCAGCUGGCUGGAAACUCCUCGGUGGAGAUGUAUCGCCAAGUGCUUCUGUCUGGGUGCCGUUGUGUGGAGCUGGACUGCUGGAAAGGAAGGACUGCAGAAGAAGAGCCUGUCAUCACCCACGGGUUCACCAUGACCACUGAAAUUUCCUUCAAGGAAGUGAUAGAAGCAAUCGCAGAAUGUGCAUUUAAGACUUCACCUUUUCCAAUUCUCCUCUCAUUUGAGAACCACGUGGAUUCCCCAAAGCAGCAAGCCAAGAUGGCAGAGUAUUGCCGGCUAAUCUUCGGCGACGCCCUUCUCAUGGAGCCCCUGGAAAAAUAUCCACUGGAAUCUGGAGUCCCUCUUCCAAGCCCAAUGGAUUUAAUGUACAAAAUUUUAGUGAAAAACAAGAAGAAAUCACACAAGUCCUCGGAAGGAAGUGGCAAAAAGAAGCUCUCAGAACAAGCAUCCAACACGUACAGUGACUCCUCCAGUGUGUUCGAGCCCUCAUCCCCAGGAGCCGGUGAAGCUGACACGGAGAGCGACGACGACGACGACGACGACGACUGUAAAAAGUCUUCGAUGGACGAGGGAACUGCCGGGAGUGAGGCAAUGGCCACAGAAGAGAUGUCCACCCUGGUGAACUACAUCCAGCCAGUCAAGUUUGAGUCGUUUGAAAUUUCAAAAAAAAGAAAUAAAAGCUUUGAAAUGUCUUCCUUUGUGGAAACCAAAGGCCUUGAACAACUUACGAAGUCUCCUGUGGAAUUUGUAGAAUAUAACAAAAUGCAGCUUAGCAGGAUCUAUCCGAAAGGAACGAGGGUGGAUUCAUCCAACUACAUGCCCCAGCUCUUCUGGAACGCCGGCUGUCAGAUGGUGGCGCUGAACUUCCAGACAAUGGACUUGGCUAUGCAAAUAAACAUGGGGAUUUAUGAAUACAACGGAAAGAGCGGCUACAGACUGAAGCCGGAGUUCAUGCGGCGACCAGACAAGCAUUUUGAUCCGUUCACUGAAGGCAUUGUAGAUGGGAUAGUGGCCAACACGUUGUCUGUCAAGAUUAUUUCAGGUCAGUUUCUUUCUGAUAAGAAAGUUGGAACCUAUGUGGAGGUGGACAUGUUCGGCUUGCCUGUCGACACCAGGAGGAAGGCAUUUAAGACCAAGACAUCCCAGGGAAACGCUGUCAAUCCGAUCUGGGAAGAGGAGCCCAUAGUGUUCAAAAAGGUGGCUCCACCUUUUAGAGGACCCAUCACCUUUCAUGCUGCCACACUGAGGGAUGACCGUGGCACAUAUGAGUUCUUCAGGGACAGAUGGUGUCCCAACCACAGUGCACGGUCUGGAGAGCCUCACCUGGGCUACGCAGCACAGCUGGGCAUCAGCUCUCAUACGGUACCAUUAUCACCCCUAGGCUACCACUACAUCUGCCUGAGAAAUGAAAGGAAUCAGCCGCUGAUGCUGCCAGCUGUGUUCGUCUACAUAGAAGUGAAGGAUUAUGUGCCAGAUACAUAUGCAGAUGUGAUUGAAGCUUUAUCAAACCCAAUUCGGUAUGUGAACCUCAUGGAGCAGAGAGCUAAACAGCUGGCUGCUUUGACACUGGAAGAUGAAGAAGAAGUAAAGAAAGAGGCUGAUCCUGGGGAAACACCAUCAGAGGCUCCUAGUGAAGCCAGGACGACUCCAGCAGAAAAUGGAGUGAAUCACACUACGUCCCUGGCACCCAAACAGCCCUCCCAGGCUCUGCACAGCCAGCCAGCUCCAGGUUCCGUGAAGGCCCCUGCCAAAACCGAAGAUCUUAUUCAGAGCGUCUUAACAGAAGUGGAAGCACAGACCAUUGAGGAGCUGAAGCAACAGAAAUCAUUUGUGAAACUUCAAAAGAAGCACUACAAGGAAAUGAAAGACCUGGUUAAGAGACACCACAAGAAAACCACCGACCUGAUCAAAGAACACACUACAAAGUACAAUGAGAUUCAGAAUGACUACUUGAGACGGAGGGCAGCCUUGGAGAAGACUGCCAAAAAAGACAGCAAGAAAAAAUCUGAACCCAGCAGCCCUGACCACGGCUCCUCAGCCAUUGAGCAAGACCUUGCUGCCCUGGAUGCUGAAAUGACCCAAAAGUUAAUAGACCUGAAGGACAAACAACAGCAGCAGCUACUAAAUCUUCGGCAAGAGCAGUACUACAGUGAAAAAUACCAGAAGCGAGAGCAUAUUAAACUGCUUAUUCAGAAGUUGACGGAUGUUGCUGAAGAGUGUCAGAACAGUCAAUUAAAGAAACUCAAAGAAAUCUGUGAAAAAGAAAAGAAGGAAUUGAAAAAGAAAAUGGAUAAAAAGAGGCAGGAGAAGAUAACAGAAGCUAAAUCCAAAGACAAAAGCCAGAUGGAAGAAGAGAAGACGGAGAUGAUACGGUCAUACAUCCAGGAAGUGGUGCAGUACAUCAAGAGGCUAGAAGAGGCACAAAGUAAAAGGCAUGAGAAGCUUGUGGAGAAACACAAGGAGAUCCGCCAGCAGAUCCAGGACGAGAAGCCCAAGCUGCAGAUGGAACUGGAACAAGAAUACCAAGACAAGUUCAAGAGAUUGCCCCUGGAGAUUUUGGAGUUCGUGCAGGAAGCUAUGAAAGGGAAGAUCAGUGAAGACAGCAAUCAUGGCUCUGCCCCUGCUUCUUGGGCCUUGGACCCUGGGAAAGUGAAUCACAAGACUCCCUCCAGUGAGGAAGUGGAAGGAGACAACCCAGGAAAGGAGUUUGAUACUCCUCUGUGAUUGUUCCUGCCAGGCCUUCAGGAACUGCAUGGCCUUUCAAGCUCCAUCAGACUCUCAUACUGCAAAGAUCACUGCCCAGGAACAUCUUCCUAAGAAGCAUCCCUUAGCCUAAAAUCCACACCACAAGGAGAGUUCCAGAAGGCUCCAUGAGGAGACCCCAUUCCCAGGCUCCAUGCAUCAUGUGGAAACUACUGCAGGUCUACUAGUGAAGAAUGCAUGUAUGUGGGACUUUUGUUUUUGUUCCAAUAGUAAAUUCAAAGCAAGCAACUUUCAGGCUCAAUGGAACAUUUAAUGAAGGAUAGUGUAUUCUCUGAAGAAGUUUUGAGCUCAUAUUUUUAUUUGAAGCUCUGGUGUAAAGUAUUUCAAAGUAAUAGAAAUAGUUUGAGAAAUCCAUAGUACUAUUUAACCCAACUUUGUGCAUUUUUUUUCUUAUCUGCCCCUCAACUCCAUAUCUUAAAGUUAUCAUGCAUAUUAAAUUUAUUCAUCCUUUGCUUGGCAAGCACUGGUGGCUUGCAAUUUGCUAGUUUAUUUAUCAUAGAGGUAUCAGUAUAUUUGUUAAUGACAUGGCUUUAUUAGAUACUAUAGCAAUUAAAAUAAGCUCUUUUUAUUUUUUUUUUAAAUCACUUGAUUAUAUCCUUGUUGAGUGACGCCAUCCCAAGAGUUAGCAAUACGGAUUGUACAUUUAGCUGCAUGAGCAAUUCAGGCCUUGUGCUAUCUGAAUCGACUGUUUGCACUCAGUCUGGAUAUGCACUAGUUGUUGACCUGAAAUGAUCAAAUAGCUAUAAAGGGUCUGUUCUGUUAAAUAAAAAGAAUUGAGCUGGUAUAUGUUAAGCAGAAAUUCAGUCAGAAGGAACAUGUUCCAGUGGUUAUUUUGCUGUCUGACAUUUUUAUGGUUCAUUUAUUUUUAAUAUAGAGAGGAAGAUUGAAUAUUUAUCUAAAGAAUACACAGACCAUGUAUAAAUGAUAUAUAUUAUCUCCAUGUAUAUAUGUAUGUAUAAGUGGAUAUACACAGGCAUGUGCGUGUGCAGCAUGCAUGUUGAUGUGUAUUUAUUAAUUGGCAAUGACCCAAAUAUCUUCCACACAACUUAAAAAGCAAAUUAAAGGAUAGGUGGGAACAAAGGGGUCAAGCAUCUGGAUUACAUGGAUAUUAAAACAUAUGAAAGUAAAUUUUAAAAUUUGAUGAAGUGUUGAUGUAGACUUAGGAUUUAGAAUACGAAUCUGAUAAAUUUUUUGCAGGAACAAAAAUUAGAUGUUAAGCUUGUUUAAAUGAUCAGAAUAUACAAAAUGUAUAGGAGAGAGAUGGAAAAAUUUAUUGAUAUCUUCCAUAAUUUUUAAAUCUCAGUGAUUUCUGUCAUGCUAACAUUUAAAAAACCUCACAUUAUACAUUUAGUAUAUACAUCUGAUUGUGUGUUAUUAAGUUCUUAUUUUAAGUGGCAUAAGAAGAAUUAUAUCAUGGUAUAACUGAUCAAAACUAUUACUGAAAGAUCUUAAGUAGAAAGAAUAAUCAUAAAAAAUAUAAGUUAGAGAAUGAAAUAAAGAACAUUGAAGAUAAAGUCCAGAAGCAAGAGGCUACAGCUUUAUUUUAGUUUAAAGUAAUCCUGUCCAUAGCUUAGCAAAACAUUUUAUAAUGCAAAAAUGAGUCAUGUCCUGAAAAUUGUGUUUCAAGAAUUUAAUAUUUUUAUGGAAAUUAUUUUAUUUAACUUUAAGCAAUAACUAGGAAUUAUAAUUAAGUUUUAAUCAAAAUGAAGGCUUAUUUCAAACAUUAGAGUGUUUGAUUAAAAAAAAAAAUCUAUUGUGACACAAGGGGAAAAUCACCUCUUCUUUGAGAUGAUUAUAUUUUGAUCUGAAGAAUUUAGAGUGUUAAUUAGAUACUUAAUAAAAAUUGAAUUUCCACAGAAAGGGAAAUCUUUUGUAAAUUGUUCUACUUUCGCACUUUGAAGGAAGGCAUUAAGCAUAAAGAAGCAAGGAUGGUCAAAACCGAAUGCUGCAUUUUUAUAAGCAAAAUUACAGAGUGUCUAAAAUUGCAGAAGAAUGAACUAAAAGCAUUCAUAACCAAACAUAAUAGUAACUAUUCCAGAGUAUUGUCACAUUUUAGUCCAGAGAUAGACUAAGGUUGAAUAACUUUGAUUUAGGCUAAACUGUUUUGGUAGUUGGGUUUCAUUAUCUUAGUGAUUCUAGGCAUUUUACAAUGCAUUUGUAUUUGGCCAUUUACUGUAAUCACAUUUUUAUAUCUGUACAAUGACACUUUUUGCAGUUGUGGGGUAGCGUGCAACACUGUGCAUCUUACACUAUUGAAACUACUACAGUGAUACUAGCAUUUAUAAUACUAAUCCUACUUGAAAAUAGACAAAGAUAAAGAAAAGGGUCUCUAUGAUGUGCAGUUUUGUGCCUUUAUGUAUUUGCCUUGUUCUUUGUUGAAUGUGUGAAAUUCUGUACUGUGUGUUUUCCUAAAAUAGAAAGUAGAGUUGUGUAAUAAAUUAGACUGUGUCCCUGACACCUUUACACUACUGAGAAUAGCGUGGUUUGGGCAGUGUAACCCAAUUUUCAAAAAUCUAAUGAUAUGCCAUGUGUUUUAGUUUUUAAUAUUUCAUUUUAAUACUUCAUUACUACCACACAUUAAUUAAUACUCCUGUAGUAGAUAAACAGUCAUUAAAUAAUUCCAAAAGAAAGGGCCAUUGCUUGCAUUUCUUUGAAUUUAAUGUUGUGCUUGUGCACUGUACUAUUAUUGUUCGUGAUGGAUUCGACAUUGUGACUUUUGCCUUUUAAGAAGAAAAAAAACAGUAGGACAUGGUUGUAUGAAGCUCUGAAAUGUACAUAUUUUGGUUGUUCUCUCUGGAAUUAUUUAAAAUGCAUAAUUCACAUUUUUGUAAUAAUUCUAUGCAAUUUUGUGGCAUGAUGUUUCUUCCACUUGUAAUUUUAUGUGCUUUCAUCACAAAUCCAAAGGAAACAAUAAAAAUUUCUUAACACAC